UGUCUGAGCGGUAGGCAGUAUCAUGGGUCCCUAACUCCUCCCGUCCAUUGGUGAUGUCCAGGGUCCAUCCAUCGAUUCCAUGGGUUUGGUCGAUGGAUCGAUCGCGCUGGAGAUGCAGCCACCAUGGAAAUGGAAGACUUGGGACAAAAAGAGAUGCAGCAGGUCUUGGGUGUGACUGGGAUUGAAUUUAAUGGAUUGAUAUUUAUUUUUACUUCUUAUCGUGUACUUUCUUUUUUCCCUUCCUUUCUUUUUCCUCUUUUCUUUUCGUUCGUUCUUUCUUUCUAUCUAUCUAUCUCUCUUUCUUACUAUUCUUUUCUUUUUCUGUUCUCUACCCUCUCCACCCCAGUCUUCCAUAGUUCCAUGGAUCGGUGCCGCACGAUCGGUCUCUGCACCCUUCUUCGUCAUGCCUGCACAUCUUUAAUCUACUUCUCUCUCGUCCGUUCCCCAUAACUCGUAUACCGGGUGGCUUUGCUCGGGCGACCGUCUUGUUCGCCCCCUGAGCCCAAGUCUCCACACCACAGCUGUGACCAGAUGGGGAAAGUAGUCUGGUACCUGGGCCAUCGAAAUAGAUUAAAAAACACUGGGGACAAGC